AGUAGGGAAAUAAACAUGGCGUCGGGACAGCAGUGGGUGUUGGUGGAAAUGGUGCAAGCGUUUUAUGAGGCUCCUGCUUAUCACCUGAUUCUGGAGGGGAUCCUCAUACUGUGGAUCAUCAGACUUCUGUUCUCUAAGACCUACAAACUCCAUGAGACCUAUAAACUGACAGAGAAGGAGAAGGAGGACCUGAUUGAGGAGUGGCAGCCAGAGCCUCUGGUUCCUCCUGUUUCCAAAGACCAUCCCUCCCUCAACUAUGAUGUUGUCACAGGACCUCCCAGCCAUAAAAUCAUAAUCAAUGGAAAAGAGUGCAUUAACUUUGCAUCCUUCAACUUCCUGGGUCUCCUCGACAAUGAGCGGGUUAAGGAAAAAGCUCUGGCAUCACUGAAGAAAUAUGGUGUGGGCACAUGUGGUCCAAGAGGCUUCUAUGGAACUUUUGAUGUUCACCUGGAGCUGGAGAGCCGCCUGGCCAAAUUCAUGAAGACAGAAGAGGCCAUCAUCUAUUCGUAUGGCUUUGCAACCAUUGCUAGUGCAAUCCCUGCCUACUCCAAGAGAGGGGAUAUCAUCUUUGUGGAUGAAGCAGCCUGCUUCUCAAUCCAGAAGGGUCUUCAAGCGUCCCGCAGCUUCAUCAAAUACUUCAAACACAAUGACAUGGAGGAUCUGGAGAGGCUGCUCAAAGAGCAGGAGCUGGAGGACCAGAAGAAUCCACGUAAGGCUCGAGUGACCCGGAAGUUCAUUGUAGUGGAGGGGCUGUACAUCAACACUGCAGACAUCUGUCCUCUCCCUGAACUGGUAAAGCUGAAGUACAAAUACAAGGUACGGGUCUUCCUGGAGGAGAGCAUGUCUUUCGGUGUGUUGGGAGAGCAUGGCCGAGGAGUCACAGAACACUUUGGGGUCAAUAUAGAUGACAUUGACCUGAUCAGUGCUAACAUGGAGAACGCUGUGGCCUCCAUUGGAGGUUUCUGCUGCGGACGCUCCUUUGUCAUCGACCACCAGCGUCUGUCGGGCCAGGGCUACUGUUUCUCUGCCUCCCUGCCUCCAAUGCUGGCUGCUGCUGCCAUCGAGGCCCUCAACAUCAUGGAGGAGGAUCCUGAUAUUUUCACCGUCCUUAGGGAAAAGUGCAAACAUGUUUACAAGGCCUUACAGGGAACUCCAGGACUGAAGUUAGUGGGAGUACCGUUCGCCCCGGCUCUUCACUUACAAAUGGAGAGAAGUUCGGGCUCCAGAGACUCUGACCUGCACCUGCUCCGCUCCGUGGUAGAUUACUGUUUGGAAAGACAGGUGGCUCUAACUCUCGCUCGUUACCUGGAAAAAGAAGAGCGUUUCCUCCCCCCACCCAGUAUCAGGGUGGUAGUCACCAUCGAACAGACGGAGGAGAACAUCCAGAAGGCUGUGUCUUGUAUCAAAGCGGCAGCUUCAGCUCUCCUUAAAUGACGACAUAGUAUUUGUCCCUGCUGACACUAAGCAGACAUAACUGGAGUCCACUCAGUGGACCGGGUAGGACAUCACUGUGAGAGGAACACUCCCGACCAGAUGCUCUCAUCCAUAGACUGUGAGCCCCUUGCACUGAAUGUGUCAGAGGAUCUAUACUGAUAAAUAUAUCUCCUUGUCUUGAUUUAGUUUGUCUUUUAAUAAUUAUUUGAUCUCAUUCAUCAUGUGUCAUAACUACUACAUGUUGUAUAUUGUUCUGAAUGGAAGUGUGGGCCUCCAGCAGGAGGACAGACUGUCAUUCUGCUCUGAACCGUAACGGCCCCAGUCACUAAUAGAGAACACCGACGGCAGUGAGAAGCAGACUUGAACUCCACAGACCAAAUGACUUGUUGCUUUUUAUGUACUGACCAAAGAGGAGACAUUGUGCUCAUUUUAUUGUAUUGUUAAUGUGUCACCUGAACUGUACACAAGGGUUGUGAUUUUAUACACCAUUAGUUGUUUUACACCUGGAUUUUUUUUCACUUCUCUUUUGUUAGAGGUCAUUGCAUUUCUGACCACUUUGCUUCUGUGAACUGUAAAUAUAUCUGAUUUAAAUUAA